AUGCUUGGCACCAAAUUUGCGUCCAUACACACCGGACAAUCAUACCUACCGGUGCUCAUGACACCGAUCUGUUACGGACCCCACUUUCCAUUCACUAAUAUAUCGCAAAUUAUUACACAACGUCUAUACGAGGCAUCACUUUUGCAGCGCUGGUAUCUCACGAGAAAUUCAUUUUAUAUGGAAAUCUACAAAAAUAUCGCUAAAAACAGUGUUUUUAUGGACAAACCUAUAAUCGAUUUUUACGCCAAAACGGUCGACCCCUACCAACACUUGACUAUCACUGAAAUGCAAUCAUUAUUUUUUAUGACAAUCUAUUUGUCAAUUACUUGGCAUCUAAACCUCGGUCGCUGUAACUUCAUAAAAGAUUAUAUCGAGAUCGUGGGACAGGGAGCUGCAUAUUAUGGCUCAAUAAUGGCGUCAAUAUUGAUUGAAAUCUCUAAAGCGACAUUGUUAGGGGUAUGGGAAGACCCGGGUCAUCGCAAUUACCUCUAUAUACUAUGGCUAACAUCCCUAAUACCCAUACUUGAAAUUAUAAGAAACGGAUUGUUAGUUAAUCUCGUGAACCGACCCUUCAUUAGUUCACAUACUAUUGAGGAUAUAAUGGACGAUAAGCUACAGGUGCUGACUAGUCGUCGUAACUACAAGGAGUGGACGGGCAGUCAGUUUAUAGAAAGCCUACCAAAUAAUUCAUUUAAAGCUACUUUUAUGCGAUUAGUGACCCAUAAGCUGAUCCGAUGGGACAGUUUGGACACUAUAUCCAGGUUUUCAGAGAUUACUGAACGACCGGAAGAUCUUCAUAAUUAUUACAAACAAGUAGUCAUUCUUCAGGACCAGACCUGGACUGACGUCCUAUUCAUAUUUGGGUCCCUAUUUGAGUCCAUACACGUGGGCGAGUCCUACCUACCAUUCCUCAUAACUCCCCUAUGCUUUGGACCGAAUACUCAACGCCUGUACGAGUCAUCACUAUUGCAAUACUGGUAUAUAUCGAGAAAUAAGUUUAUUUUCAAAACGUACAUGACCAUUUUGGAAAAUACUGCCUUUAACAACAGAUCUGUGUCCGACUUUUACUACCAGACCCCUAAUCCAUGUGAAGACCUCACGACUCAUAAAAUGAAAUCCCUAUUCAUAAUGACUUUUAUUUGUUUAGGCAAAUACUUAUAA